AGGGCCGGCGUGAGGCCUGUGCAGCCCUGCGGUGGCUCAUGGCCGCUUCCAGGGCGCGCAGUACUUUCCGUCUCCCGCCGUUGCCGACGAUUCGAGAAAUCAUUAAGUUAUUCAGACUGCAAGCGGCGAAGCAGCUCUCCCAGAAUUUUCUCCUGGACUUGAGGCUGACAGAUAAAAUUGUGAGGAAAGCUGGCAAUCUGACCAAUGCCUACGUGUACGAAGUGGGCCCUGGGCCCGGGGGAAUCACGAGGUCCAUCCUCAAUGCCAGCGUUGCUGAGCUGCUGGUGGUUGAAAAGGACAGUCGCUUCAUUCCUGGGUUACAGAUGCUUUCUGAUGCAGCCCCUGGAAAACUGAGAAUUGUGCAUGGAGAUGUGUUGACAUUCAAGAUAGAAAAGGCUUUUCCAGAAUGUCUUAAAAGACAGUGGGAGGAUGAUCCUCCAAAUGUACAUAUUAUUGGAAAUCUGCCUUUUAAUGUAUCAACUCCACUGAUAAUCAAGUGGCUUGAAAAUGUUUCUCAGAGAGAUGGGCCUUUUGCUUAUGGCAGAACCCAGAUGACGCUGACUUUCCAGAAGGAAGUGGCAGAGAGACUCACCGCCGGCACUGGAAGCAGCCAGCGCAGCCGCCUGUCUGUGGUGGCCCAGCACCUCUGCCAGGUCCAGCACGUCCUCACGGUUCCCGGCCGCGCGUUCGUCCCCAAACCGCAGGUGGACGUGGGCGUGGUGCACUUCACGCCCCUGACGCAGCCCAGGAUACAGCAGCCCUUCGAGCUGGUGGAGAAGGUCGUCCAGAACGCGUUUCAGUUCCGAAGGAAAUACUGCCAUCGAGGACUUGGAAUGUUAUUCCCUGAAGCUCAGCGCCUAGAACGCACCGGGAAGCUGCUGGAGGGGGCGGACGUGGACCCUACGCUGCGCCCCACGCAGCUCUCCGUCUCCCACUUUCGGAGCCUCUGUGACAUGUACCGGAAAAUGUGUGACGAAGACCCACACCUCUUUGCUUAUAAUUUCAGAGAGGAACUCAAGAAAAAUAAAUGUGGAAAUCAGGAGAAAGAGGGUGACAGGGAGAGUUACGGACUGUAGCUGCCACGCUGGGCUCGCAGCCGGGCGUGGAUGUCCAAGGCUGAGCUUGUCGUGUGCACUUGACGUGUACAGAAUGACAAAGAGGCCAGUUACCAGACGGGACUGUUUCCUCGUUUACUGUACAGCUUGGUAGAGAAA